GUAAAAGAAGAGAGAGAGAGAUGAUUUGGUAUUUCACCAACUAAAAUCGUUGAGAGUUUGUCUUCUUCUUUUGUGUGUGUGUGGAGAGGAGAGGAGAUCACAAUCAAUCAAUCUAUCUCUUCUACUUCUUCUUCUUUCUCAAGUCUUCUGUAUUUUGUCCCUUUCGAAUUUUUGUUGUUUCUCCACCACAGAAACACAACUCCUGAAUUCAAAAAAAAAAAACUCUAAGCCUUGCUCCUCAACUCUCUUUUCGAUUCCUAGUCGCCUGGGAGAAGUCAAUGGCUUCCGAGGCGGAUAGAUCGGCGGAUCCAAAAUUAGGGGGAGUCGGGAGCAAAAGCGCAGGAGGAGGAGGAGGAGGUCAAUACUUCAGGGCGGAUACACUUGAUUUCAAGAAAUGGGAUUUGCAUAUGGGUCAAGGCUCUUCUUCAACUAGUGGUGCUGCCGUCAAGUCCUCCUCCAAGAAGUCUCCGAUGCAGGAAUGGGAGAUCGACCUCUCCAAACUCGACAUGAAUCACGUCCUCGCUCGCGGCACUUAUGGCACUGUCUACCGCGGUGUCUACGCCGGUCAACAAGUCGCAGUGAAGGUGUUGGAUUGGGGAGAAGAUGGUGUCUCAACGGCCGAUGAUCUGCGCGCUUCCUUCGAACAAGAGGUGGUCGUCUGGCAGAAGCUCGAUCAUCCCAACGUUACCAAGUUCAUAGGAGCAUCCAUGGGGACCUCUGAUCUGAAGCUACCUCCUUCUAGUGAUUCUGGAGGCAGUGGAGCACAUCCUGCCAAGGCCUGUUGUGUUGUCGUUGAAUAUGUUGCUGGUGGCACCCUCAAGAAGUUCCUCAUCAAAAAGUAUCGGAGCAAACUCCCCAUCAAGGAUGUCAUUCAGCUUGCUUUGGAUCUCGCUAGAGGUCUGAGUUACCUCCACUCCAAGGCGAUUGUGCAUCGGGACGUGAAGACAGAGAACAUGUUGUUGGAAACUAACAAGACGCUCAAGAUUGCUGAUUUCGGAGUUGCUAGAGUCGAGGCUCAGAACCCUCAAGACAUGACUGGUGAAACUGGAACUCUUGGAUACAUGGCACCUGAGGUUCUUGAAGGAAAGCCUUACAACAGGAAAUGUGAUGUGUAUAGCUUUGGUGUAUGCCUCUGGGAAAUAUACUGCUGCGACAUGCCCUACGCUGACACUAGUUUUGCUGAGAUCUCUCAUGCUGUUGUUCACAAGAAUCUGAGACCAGAGAUUCCGAAAUGCUGCCCACAGGCGGUGGCAAACAUAAUGAAGAGAUGCUGGGACCCGAAUCCAGACAAGCGUCCGGAGAUGGAAGAGGUUGUGAAGCUACUAGAAGCAGUAGACACAAGCAAAGGCGGUGGAAUGAUACCACCAGACAAGUUUCAGGGGUGCCUCUGUUUCUUCAAACCUCGUGGCCCCUGACCUCUUGUCUCUUGUGAUAUUCUUGAGAGCUGCUUGAUUUUUUUUUUUUGAACUUUUGUUGAGACAUUGGAGUUAGAUUGGGUGUGGUCUUUGUCAUAAGAAUCUAUCUCACUCUUUCUACUCUCUCUCUCUAUGUAUUUAUACUUUUUUUUACACACAGUCCGGUCGUGUAUAAAACUGAUGAUAAAGCUUUGUUUCUUUCUUUCUUUUUUUUUUCUGUGAGCGGGGAUCAUCUCUUACUCUUUGAAGGUUUGAUAAUAAUACAAAAAAUGUUGAUUCGUAAUGGAAGUAGUAAAAACAGAAGAGAGAGCUAAGUAAAAGAGUGACGAAGAUUAAGACUAGUAGAGGGUGUAAAAGUUAAAAAAAAAAAAUGGGGGGUUGGAUUUGUUACAAGUGUAAAAGAUAAAGGUCUUAAACCACAAUAUUGCGACAGCUUGUGAAACAACAACAACAUGUGUAUGGGUUAAGUAGGUG